CCCAGCCCACACUCUAGUGUUUUCUGCACCCUCCUCCUUGUCGUUAGCUGCGUCACUUCCUGUCUGUAACCGGUGUGUGGAGAGGCAGCGUGUUCUCGUUCAUUGUGCUCCCCGCGGUCUCAAGAUGGCUUCCCUCUCACUGGCACCGAUGAACAUCUUCAAAGCAGGAGCUGAUGAAGAGAGAGCAGAGACUGCCCGCUUGUCCUCCUUUGUUGGGGCCAUUGCAAUUGGAGACUUGGUGAAAAGCACCCUGGGACCAAAAGGCAUGGACAAGAUCCUCUUAAGUGGGGGCAGAGACACCAUUGUUACUGUAACCAACGAUGGAGCAACCAUUCUAAAGUCUAUUGGAAUUGACAAUCCUGCUGCCCAAGUGUUAGUAGACAUAUCAAAAGUUCAGGAUGAUGAAGUAGGUGAUGGAACAACAUCAGUGACCGUGCUGGCAGCGGAGUUGCUUAGAGAAGCUGAACUUCUGAUCGCCAAGAAGAUUCAUCCACAGACUAUCAUUUCUGGUUGGAGACAAGCUACUCAGGUUGGCAGGGAAGCACUUCUUAAGGCAGCACUCGAUCACGGAAAUGACAAAGAGAAGUUUGAGGCCGAUCUUCUGAAUAUUGCCAGAACCACAUUGUCUUCUAAACUCCUAACUCACCAUAAAGAUCAUUUUGCAAAACUUGCUGUGGAAGCUGUACUGAGGCUAAAGGGGUCUGGAAAUCUGGAAGCUAUUCAUGUUAUUAAGAAGUUAGGAGGAAGCUUAACAGAGUCAUAUUUGGAUGAAGGUUUCUUGUUGGACAAGAAAAUUGGAGUAAACCAACCAAAACGUAUUGAAAAUGCAAAAAUUCUUAUUGCAAAUACAGGGAUGGACACUGACAAAAUUAAGGUGUUUGGCUCAAGGGUACGUGUGGACUCUACUGCAAAAGUGGCUGAAAUAGAGUUAGCAGAGAAAGAGAAAAUGAAGGAGAAAGUAGAGCGCAUUCUGAAACACGGGAUCAACUGUUUCAUUAACAGACAGCUGAUUUAUAACUACCCAGAGCAGCUGUUUGGGGCUGCUGGUGUCAUGGCAAUAGAACAUGCAGAUUUUGCUGGAGUCGAGCGUUUGGCCCUUGUUACAGGUGGAGAGAUAGCAUCUACUUUUGAUCAUCCUGAGCUGGUAAAGCUUGGAAGCUGUAAACUUAUUGAAGAAGUAAUGAUUGGGGAAGAUAAGAUGAUUCACUUCUCAGGUGUUGCCAUGGGAGAAGCAUGCACAAUUGUUCUUCGUGGUGCAACACAGCAGAUUUUGGAUGAAGCUGAGAGAUCCCUUCAUGAUGCACUCUGUGUAUUAGCUCAGACUGUGAAAGAUACCAGAACAGUUUAUGGAGGAGGUUGCUCUGAGAUGUUGAUGGCCAAUGCUGUGUCAGAUCUAGCUAAAAGAACACCAGGGAAAGAGUCUGUGGCAAUUGAAUCUUUUGGCAAAGCUCUACAAAUGCUUCCUACCAUUAUAGCGGACAAUGCUGGCUAUGACAGUGCUGACCUGGUGUCCCAGCUAAGAGCAGCUCACAUUGAAGGAAAGUCAACCUAUGGGCUUGAUAUGAAAAACGGCAUCAUAGGAGAUAUGGCUGAGCUGGGCAUCACUGAAAGCUUCCAGGUGAAGAGACAAGUCUUGCUGAGUGCAGCUGAAGCUGCUGAAGUCAUUCUGCGUGUGGACAACAUUAUUAAAGCAGCACCACGCAAACGUGUUCCUGAUCAUCACCCCUGUUAAACCUUUCAUCUGACAGCAGAUUGUGACACAGACUGCACUUGGAUGCUCACUUUUUGGUGACCAGGCAGAAGGCUGUAUGAUUGACAUCUUGGCACUUGAGAGUAACACCAACGCUGGUGGCUUAUUUAUUGUUAUACAGAAACUUUUCUUUUUCUUACCUAACAUUUGUUAAGUCAUACAUGUACUCUUUGAAUAUAGAGCACUGAAAAAUAAAAACAUUCACGGGAAACUUUUGCAGUUAAGGUACAAUCAUUUAGCAAAAUUUACACCACUCCUUCUUUCAGUGUGUAAAUUUGUCAAAACUCUGUUUAUUAUGAUGAAAAUAAAUUGACAGCACUUUAGUUGGAAUACAA